CAGCCUAAUUCACCGACAUCUCGCCGAGUAGCUACAGCCAAAUACUGAUUUCGACUAGAGAAGUUAGAAUCGAACCACUACGAAGACAGCUGCAGCUACAAAGUAUGGCACAACUGCAAGGAUCUACCGUUCGAAAAGCAAAAUGGCAGCCAAUUCUCAAUCGAUAUCAUUAUGGACAAAAAAAGCUGAAAGGAAUCUACGAAGAUAUGCUUACAACGUUUGAAAAGGUUGUAGAGUCAAAGGUUUUGGGAGAUAAAAUUACAAUUAAGAAGAUCAUUUCAGACGAAGAAAAAAAAGCAAUCGACAAGAGCCUUGAUGUCAAACCAACAAUAGCGUUUAUUGGUCAAGUCAAUGCAGGCAAAAGCUCACUCGCAAAUGAGCUCUUGGGAGGUGGUAUGUGGUUACCGGUUGCACCUGAACCGUGCACUUCUCGCAUGGUAAGGCUCAAGUACAGCAAGAGAGCCUACAAACAACAGAUACCCUUUGAGGGAGAUCCGAAACCAACAGAACCAUUAAAGGAAAAUCGCCCAACAAAAGAAGAUAUCCGUCUUAGCGACAAAGAAAAAAAAGACCCAAAAAUUUUUGAAGUCGAACUGGUUUUCGGCGUACCGAAUGUCUCCUUAUAUCCAGAUUUGGAAUUUGUUGAUCUCCCUGGCUGGAGUGAAAAGGAAACGAUUAACACAGCCAUAACUGAAGCGGUAACGAGAAUAGCACAUCCUGCAUUGCUGCCAGUUUACGUGUUAAACGGAAAUAUGACUAUUACAAGUGUGGAUCUUCAACUAUUAGAAAUCCUUACAGACAAAUUGGGAGACAAAAGGUUGUCGUUCGUGUGUAACAAAAUAGAUCACGAAGACAAAGACUUGAAGCUGAACUACGGUGAUGGAAAGAAGCAAGUAUUCAACGACGGAUCGGCAGUUUACGUCGUAGAAGAUUGCAAAACAAACCUUUUGAACAAAGCUGAAGCAACUUUUGAAAGUCUGAAACAAUUUGGUUUUGUAUUAGACAAGGAGACCUAUCAGAACGCAUCCAACUUCCACGCGGUAUCUGCCAAAAUGUCGAAAGCCAGUAGACAAAAUGAGGACGUCUACCAGGCUGCGUACUACGACAAACAAUUUGACAGCUUCACAGAACACCUAAACUUUAAAUUAGAAAGGGUGCUCGUAGACCACAUCCUUAGCACGGUUAGAAAGGCAAACGCGGUCGUAGCUCGCUUUGCCGAAGGAACCCUCAGCGCGCGGUCUGCCCAACUUUCGUCUGAUGUUCAGAUGCUUAAAAUUUUGCAUAAAGUAGGAGAAGCCGAGGAAAAGGCUUACACCGACUGCCUCCAGUUCUUGUCCGAAGAAGGUCAAUCGAUCGAAGAUGCCGUUCUCGAUGCAUACAAAGUAGCAAAACCAAAGAUUCUUACAAAAGCAAAAAGAAUGACUGCCAAAGAAUUUAAAAAUGAAGACGAAACUGUUCCCGCAGUCGCGUUCGUACAUGCUAUUGGCAACACGACGGGGCGCAUCUUGAACGAAGAAAUUACAGAAAGAAUAGAAGAAGUAAAGGAGAAGUAUGUCAAGGGAUUUUCAUUUUUUAUCAACGUUGUCUUGGGAAGCGCUAAUGCUAUGCUCAACGACAUUUUUUGUAGUGCAUUUGAGUCCGAUCAUCCUGAUUUAGUCAGUGUAAUUGAAAAAGCUAGAGAAAGCAACAGCGCAUUUCAAUCAGGGCUCGGUCUUUUCCAUCUUAUUCCUGACGCGGUCGGUAUGUCGUUAAAAGAGACGUUUACCGACUCCACAGUCAGUGCCAGUAUUCUCACUAAAAUAACAGGAGCUUCGCUGGGAAUAGUAAAGCUCGACGAAAAAUGGAAAGAGUCGAUUGCACAAGAAUUCUUGUCUACCCUAGACGCAAAACCGUUGGCAACAAGAAUUGUAAAAAACUGCAGAAUGAAACUAGACGAGAAACACCAAACCUACGUUCAAUCUCAUAAACAAAUGAUUGAUUUACGUGAGGCGAGAUCGGGCAGAAGUGAGGAUGAUAUUCUUCGUCUUAGCAGAGAAUUCACUCCAAAAAUCUCCUUACUUCUACUACGAUUUCACGCUGUGCAGUGCUAUUUCGAAAAAGGAGAACCUGAACGAGGAGAAAAGAUAGGAGAAGGACGACACAGCUCAACAUUUGUGUGUUCUUCAUGGAACGGUGUGGACACACAAAGUAGUCUCGUACUAAAGGUAUCCAAUCCAUUGUCGCCAUUAGCUUGGGAAAGAACAGCACUAUCAUUCUGUGCACUCAGAGCCCUACAAGGAAAUAACGAAAUCUACAAAUACGUGGUAAAAGUGGAAGGUGUACUUAUGAGCCCAUUGCACGUGAAAAAAGAACAACAGCUCGUUCGAGUAGUGGAAAAAAGAGCAAUGACACUGCAAGAGGCUCUCAGAUCAGGCCUAGGCAUUGACGAGAAAAAAGUGAUUGCAUUCGACGUCUCUCGGUGUCUCUCUUUCCUGCACUCGAAGAACACAGCAUUCUGUAACUUGGUGCCAAACGCUGUCUCACUCGACAUACAGAAGCGAGCCAAACUUGACGUGUUAAAAGUUGAACUGUCUUACUUUGAAGACUCUUGGCUUGGCUGUCCCGCUUUUCACCAAGCACCAGAAGUGUUUCUCGACAACUACAAAGUAGGAUCCACCAGUGAUGUCUACUCAUUUGGUAUCCUUCUCUGGGAGAUAUUCAAUGAAAGCGGGCAGCCACCAGCUUGUUAUGCUGAAUGCCACACGAAAGACGAAAUGCAGAAGAAGGUGUGCGAGGAGGGUCUGCGACCUGCCAAGGCCGAUCACAUCGAAGAUGCGUGGUACAGCAUCAUGCAAGACUGCUGGAAAAGUCCAGAAGACAGACCGUCUAUGGAAGAUUUGACAUCCAGAAUCAAAGAUCUUGUCUUCCCCGAUCAAGAAGAAGAAGGCUACUCUUCUGACUCAGACACAGCUCAUAGGGUUAGUUGCAGGAUAGCGUAGCAUAGAAAUGACUUCGUAUUUUAGCCUGCACGUGGUUGCUAAAGAACUAUCGCACAGCUCAUAUACGUGCAUAUUAUAAUCGAUUUUAAGCCUGCAAUUUAAAUGUGCUGCCGACGAUGUGGAAUGCAAAUGAUCAUAUUAUAAAUUCAAAAUUGACUCAUUGUAAG